AUGGCGGGAAGCGACCCGUCGGGGGAGGCCUCAGCCGUCUCGAUCCUCAUGGCGCCCGGUUGCCAGGCGGGCAGGUCGCAGCUGUCGCAGACUCUGCAACAGGCCAAUGAGGCGCUCUACUCCCAACCGGUCUACGAGAGCUCGUACGCCUCGGCCGCAAACACUGUGGCCUCGGUGUCCACAUCAUUGGAGCAGCACUACGCCGACGUGAGUGAGCCCUACCUGAAGGACGGCUCGGCCGGCCUGCUCAACCAGAGGAUGGUACAGUCGGGCUAUCCGGCCAACGGGUUGAUCCCACUCCGGCUGGACGAGACUUUGGCCCAAUUCGCCACUGGCCUGACGCCGAUUGGAGCCGCCACGUCGCUUCCCACCAACUGGUCCAGCUGCCUUUCGCCCCUGCAACAACAACAACACCCCCACCAUCAGCACCAACAGCAACCGCAGCAUCCACAGCAUCAGACGCCCACCGGCCCACCACCGCCGCUACCACCGCCGCCGCCUCUUCUCUUCAACUCGCACAACCUAGACCUGGUCAGGCUGCAGCAAGAACAACUCAACGGCCUUGCCACGAUGGCCAGUCUGUCCGGCUUCCUGAGCGCCCAGAGACACAACGAGGCACUCCUCCUCAGGCUCCCCAGAGUUCUGACCACGCCACUGCAGCCUCCUCACCCAGUUACGCCAACCACGUCUGCCGCCGACAACCCAAAUCAUCUGACUAACCUUCUCGCGGGUCACUCUUUUAGUCGGCCCAGAGAGCCCCAGUUUACGGGAGACUUUGAGCUUGCCAAAGGAGCGGCAUCAACACUAGCCCGUUUGGCUGGACCCCUUGGCAGUGUGCCGCACCUGUUGGAUACCAAAGUGCCAUUGUUUGAGGCUAAGAAGGCGAUAAGGAGGAGGCCAUCAGUGGAAAAUUUCUCAAAGUCAAAAAGUCGAACUGACAUCAACCAUACUCAUAAACAGAUAUACUAA